AUGUCCGGCAAGGCUCCUGUAUACAGACUUCCGCCCUUACCCCGGUUGAAGGUCAAAAAACCCAUUAUCCAAAUGGAAACCAAUAAGUGUUUAGUGUUGAUGUCCAAUUUGUUGCAAUGCUGGUCGUCCAACGGCCACAUGAAUCCUGUAUGCGAAAAGCUAGCCAACGAUUUAAAACUAUGCUCUGCCGAAAGAGCUAUGGGUAAAAGCACAGGGGUUCAAAAGAGCAACAUCAACUACCACGCAGCCAGACUUUACGACCGGGUUUCUGGUAAACCGCACGAUUGA